AUGGAGUUGGGAGAUGAUAGGAACCUAUACCUGAGAGAUACAUGGAGAGAAGUGAACAGAAUCUGUGGCGUCGUGCCCAUAAACCCGAGCUCGAGCGGGAUAUGGCCAUCCCCGAAGCUUCCAGAUCCCAACGAGAACAUCGAGUUCUGGAAUUACAUGUUCCCACAUGUUCAGAUUAUUUUCCUCAUCGUCUCCAUCCUCUGGCAAUUCUUCCAUUUCUUCCUCAAACGUCUUGGCAUGAUUCCUUUCACUUCCCAUAUGCUUACUGGUAUUCUUCUAAGCAAGUCGUUUCUGAAGGAGAAUACACCCGGGAGACAUUUCUUUUCCACGGAAGACUAUAAAGAGACUCUGUUUGGUCUUGUCGGUGCAUGUUCAUACAUGAUGUUCUGGUUCUUGAUGGGAGUUAAAAUGGACUUGAGUCUAAUCCGCAACACAGGGAAGAAAGCCAUCACCAUUGGUCUCUCCUCAGUGUUACUCUCUAUCACAGUUUGCUCAUUGAUCUUCUUCGUCGUCUUAAGAGAUGUAGGAACCAAAAAGGGAGAACCGAUUCUGAAUUUCUUCGAAAUCAUCUUCAUCUACUCGAUCAAUUGCCUUUCAUCGUUUCCGGUGAUUGGAAACCUUCUUUUCGAGCUCAGGCUACAGAACUCAGAGCUUGGUCGUCUCGCUAUGUCUUCUGCAGUGAUCAGUGACUUCAGCACCUCGAUUCUCUCCGCGGUUCUCGUCUUCAUGAAGGAACUCAGGGACGAGAAAACUCGUCUUGGAUCCACCUUUAUCGGAGAUGUUUUCGUCGGAGACCGUCCUUUGAAGCGUGCAGCAGCAGUGGUGAUCUUUGUUUGUUUCGCCAUAUACAUUUUCAGGCCAUUGAUGUUCCUUGUCGUCAAAAGAACGCCUUCUGGUCGUCCCGUGAAGAAAUUCUAUAUAUACUCAAUCGUCAUUCUUGUCUUUGGAUCUGCCAUUCUUGCGGAUUGGUGCAAGCAGUCUAUUUUCAUGGGACCGUUCAUUUUAGGCCUAGCGGUUCCUCACGGUCCUCCUUUGGGCUCUGCGAUAGUUCAGAAGCUCGAGCCUGCGUUUUUCGGUACAUUCCUUCCUUUCUUCGUGGCUACAUCCGCUGAAGAGCUAGAUACUUCUAUUUUACGGUCUUGGGUCGAUUUCAAGAGUAUCUUCAUCCUCAUAUUCAUAUCUUUUCUUGUCAAAUUCGCUCUCACCACUCUCCCUGCCUUAUUAUACGGUAUGCCUGCAAAUGACUGCCUUGCUCUGUCUCUUAUCAUGUCCUUCAAAGGCAUUUUCGAGUUUGGAGCUUAUGCGUUUGGGUUUCAAAGAGGGUCUAUCCGGCCAGUGACCUUCACUAUCUUAUCUCUUUACAUCUUGUUCAACUCUGCAAUCAUACCACCGAUCUUGAGACGCAUAUACGAUCCUUCAAGAAUGUACGCAGGAUACGAGAAGCGGAACAUGCUUCACAUGAAACCGAAUUCUGAGUUAAGGAUACUAUCUUGUAUCUACAGAACAGACGAUAUCCAUCCCAUGAUCAAUCUCCUUGAAGCUACUUGUCCCUCAAGAGAAAGUCCCGUAGCUACUUACGUCCUCCACUUGAUGGAACUUGUGGGACGAGCCAAUCCGGUUUUCAUCUCACACCGUUUGCAAACCCGAAAAAGCGAGGACAUGUCUUAUAACUCGGAAAGCGUCAUUGCCUCGUUUGAUCAGUUCCACAAAGAUUACUUCGGUUCUGUUUUCGUCAGUACUUACACGGCUUUAUCAGUUCCCAAGAUGAUGCAUGGAGACAUCUGUAUGCUUGCUCUUAACAACACGACGUCUCUCAUCAUCCUUCCUUUUCACCAGACUUGGUCCUCUGAUGGAUCAACCAUUGUUUCAGACAGCAGGAUGAUCAGGAAACUGAACAAGAGUGUCAUCGAGCUCUCUCCUUGUUCUGUCGGAAUCUUUGUUUACCGGAGCAAUAGUGGCCGGAGAACAAUCCGAGAGACGGCUGCAAACUUCUCAUCUUACCAAGUGUGUAUGCUCUUCCUUGGAGGUAGAGACGAUAGAGAAGCUUUAACACUAGCCAAGCGAAUGGCCCGUGACUCAAGGAUAAAGAUCACCGUGGUUUCUCUGAUAUCUUCCGAGCAGAGAAACAAGCAAAUAACCGAUUGGGAUCGAAUGCUCGAUUUAGAGCUACUCAGAGACGUGAAGAGCAAUGUUCUUCAUGGUGCCAACAUAAUCUUUAACGAGGAAGUAGUGAAUGACGCGUCUCAGACAUCAGAGUUUUUGAAAUCGAUUGCUAAUGAAUAUGAUCUGUUCAUCGUUGGAAGAGAGAAAGGAAGGAAGAGUGUGUUCACGGAAGGGCUUGACGAAUGGAGCGAGUUCGAGGAACUUGGAGUGGUUGGUGAUCUCUUGACUUCACAAGAUCUUAAAUGCCAAGCUUCUGUGUUGGUGAUUCAGCAGCAAAAGCAGAUGAUUUAGGGUUUUCAAAUACUCAGGAAGAUGAUGCGAAUUGAUCAAUUCAACGCCUGAUUGCGCUUGUUUCUUGGGGGGAAAGAAACAUCGGUCGAUCAGAUGGAAAUGGCGACGAAAAUGAACAGGGACUUCUGGAAGUUGCGACGGCACAUAUACAGAGUUUUGAAGCCCUUGUUGUUAGCAAAACCAC